AUGGAGAUCCAGGAUAGAGCAGAGCUCUGCUUUCCAGAACUCCUAAAUGCCUCCUGCAGGAAGCCCACACAUUCUGAGGCUGAAAUAGUGCUUCUGCAGACUCUGCUGUUCUCCAUCUCUGUGCUCAUUGUGAUUCUCAACCUGCUGGUCAUCAUCUCAGUCUCACAUUUCAGGAAGCUUCACAUACCCUCCAACCUCCUCCUCCUCUCUCUGGCUGUCUCAGACUUCCUCGUGGGUUUUGUGGUGAUGCCACGUGAAAUCUUGAGGCAAAUGUCCUGCUGGAUUAUCGGUAACUUAAUGUGUUCACUGUGUAACUGUGUGGCCUACAUCAUUACCUCUGCCUCAGUAGGAAACAUGGUGCUCAUCUCCAUCGACCGUUACAUUGCUAUUUGUGACCCUCUGCAUUAUCAAACCAGAGUCACUGUGAGAAGAGUCACACUGUGUAUUUGUGUGUGUUGGUCCUGUUCUGUUUUGUACAAUAGCCUGAUUCUAAAAGAAGACCUGAGUCAACCAGGCAGGUUUAACUCCUGUUAUGGAGAGUGUGUGGUUGUCAUUAAUUACACUGCAGGAGUUGUUGAUCUUAUUUUGACCUUCAUUAUUCCUGUUACCGUCAUCGUCGUUCUGUAUUUGAGGGUGUUUGUGGUGGCUGUGUCUCAGGCUCGGGCCGUGUGCUCUCAUGUUGCAGCCGUCACACACAAACAAUCAGUGCACUUAAGUGUGAAGAAAUCUGAGAUGAAAGCAGCCAAGACUAUUGGUGUGGUUGUCAUCGUUUUCAUCAUCACUUUCUUUCCGUAUUUCUGCGUCACUUUGGCUGGAGAAAAUUUGCUCAAUGAUUUCUCUGCAUCUUUUGUAAUUCAUCUGUUCUAUUUUAACUCCUGUGUGAACCCAGUGAUCUAUGCAUUAUUCUACCCGUGGUUUAGAAAAUCCAUUAAGUUCAUUGUUACUUUGCAGAUUCUGCAGCCGGACUCCUGUGAUGCCAAAAUACUGUAA